AUGUGGUCUGAAGGGUUAGUAAAGAGUGAAAUUCUGAAGUCUGCAAACCAUUUGGUUACAGGCAUUAAGGCCAGCUUUCGAACAAGGGUGCCUGAAGGUUUGAUUGUCUUUGCAGCAUCACCUGGCAAUCAGGAAGAGUAUUUUGCACUUCAGUUGAAGAAUGGACGUCCUUAUUUUCUUUUUGAUCCUCAGGGGUCAUCAGUGCAAGUUACUACAGCUAAUGAUAAUGGCAAAAAGUACAGUGAUGGAAAGUGGCAUGAAAUAAUUGCCAUUAGGCAUCAGGCUUUUGGCCAAAUCACUCUGGAUAGGCAGUAUACAGGUUCCUCUGUUACCCUGAAUGGUAGUACUGUUAUUGGUGAUAACACAGGAGUGUUUCUGGGAGGGCUACCACAAGGUUAUACCGUCCUAAGGAAAGAUCCUGAGAUAAUUCAAAAGGGUUUUGUGGGCUGUCUCAAGGAUGUACAUGUUCUGAAGAAUUAUAAUCCCUCUGCUCUUUGGGAGCCUCUGGAUUGGCAGAGUUGUGAAGAACAAAUCAAUGUGUAUAACAGCUGGGAGGGGUGCCCCACUUCAUUAAAUGAGGGAGCCCAGUUCCUAGGAGCAGGGUUCCUGGAACUUUAUCCAUAUAUGUUUCAUGGUGGAAUGGACUUUGAGAUUUCCUUUAAGUUCAGAACUGACCAAUUAAGCGGAUUGCUUCUUUUUAUUUACAACAAAGAUGGACCUGAUUUUCUUGCUAUGGAGCUGAAGAGUGGAAUAUUGAGCUUCCAGUUAAAUACCAGUCUUGCCCUUACACAAGUGGAUCUCUGGCUGGGACUGUCUUAUUGUGAUGGAAAGUGGAAUAAAGUAAUUAUUAAAAAGGAAGGCUCCUUCAUAUCAGCAAGCAUGAAUGGAAUAAUGGAGCGGGCGUCAGAGUCUGGAGCCCAGCCACUGGUGGUGAAUUCACCAGUCUAUGUGGGAGGAAUCCCACAGGAGCUGCAUAACUCUUAUCAACACUUGAGUCUGGAACAAGGUUUCGGUGGUUGCAUGAAGGAUGUUAAAUUUACACGGGGUGCUGUCGUUAACUUGGCAUCUGUGUCCAGCAGUGCUGUCAGAGUCAAUCUGGAUGGAUGCCUAUCAACUGACAGCGCUGUUAACUGCAGGGGAAAUGACUCCAUUCUGGUUUACCAGGGAAAAGAACAGAGUGUUUAUGAGGGUGGUCUCCAGCAUUUCACAGAAUACCUGUAUCGAGUGAUAGCCUCUCAUGAAGGAGGUUCAGUGUAUAGUGAUUGGAGUCGAGGUCGUACAACAGCUGCAGCUCCACAAAGUGUGCCAACUCCCUCAAGAGUCUGCAGCAUAAAUGGAUAUAGCAUUGAGGUGACCUGGGAUGAACCUGUUGUGGUCAGAGGUGUAAUUGAGAAGUACAUUCUGAAAGCCUACAGUGAGGACAACCCCCAUCUACCCCGUGUGCCCUCUGCCAGUGCUGAGUUUGUCAAUACCAGCACCCUUGCAGGCAUAUUGACAGGCUUGCUACCCUUCAAAAACUAUGCAGUAACCCUAACUGCUUGCACUUUGGCUGGCUGUACUGAGAGCUCACAUGCAUUGAACAUCUUUACUCCACAAGAAGCCCCACAAGAGGUUCAGCCACCAGUAGCCAAAUCCUUUCCCAAUUCUUUGCUACUCUCUUGGAAUCCACCCAAAAAAGUAAAUGGUAUUAUAACUCAGUACUCUUUAUACAUGGAUGGAAGGCUAAUCUAUUCAGGCAGUGGAGAAAACUACACAGUCACAGAUUUAGCAGUAUUUACGCCCCACCAAUUUCUACUCAGUGCAUGCACAUCUGUGGGAUGUACAAACAGUUCCCGGGCCCUUCUGUACACGGCACAGCUGCCACCAGAAGACGUGGAUUCACCACUUCUGACUGUACUGGAUUCUAGAACUAUAUACGUACAGUGGAAACAACCAAGAGAAGUAAAUGGAAUUCUGGAACGCUAUAUAUUAUAUAUUUCAAAUCAUACACAUGAUUUUACAAUUUGGAAUGUCAUCUAUAAUAGUACAGAACUUUUCCAGGAUCACAUACUACACCUUUUUCCUGGUACUAAAUAUUUCAUCAAGCUGGCAGCUUGCACAGGUGGUGGGUGUACAGUGAGUGAGGCCAGUGAGGCCCUAACUGAUGAGGAUAUACCCGAAGGUGUGCCAGCCCCCAAAGCCCACUCAUAUUCACCUGACUCUUUUAAUGUCUCCUGGACUGAGCCUGAAUAUCCGAAUGGUGUUAUCACAAGUUAUGGAUUAUAUCUAGAUGGUAUAUUAAUUCACAAUUCUUCAAAACUCAGCUGUCAUGCUUAUGGAUUUGCUCCUUGGAGCUUACAUUCCUUCAGAGUCCAGGCGUGCACAGUCAAAGGUUGUGCUUUGGGCCCACUGGUGGAAAAUCGAACUCUAGAAGCUCCUCCUGAAGGAACAGUAAAUGUGUUUGUCAAAACAGAGGGAUCCCGGAAAGCCCAUGUGAAGUGGGAAGCACCUUUUUACCGUAAUGGACGCUUCACAUACUCAGUUCUUUUUACUGGGAUAUUCUGUGUGGAUCAAGCAGGUAAUAACUACACUCUUCUGAAUGGCACAAAAGUAAUGUACAGUGGUGAAGAGACCAACCUUUGGGUGCUCAUCAAUGGGUUGAUUCCUUUUACUAACUAUACUGUACAAGUGAAUAUUUCAAACAGCCAAGGAAGUUUGAUAACUGAUCCUAUAAUGAUUGCAAUGCCUCCAGGGGCUCCAGAUGGCGUGCUGCCUCCCAGGCUUUCAUCUGCCACUCCAACCAGUCUUCAGGUUGUCUGGUCUACACCAGCUCGUAACAAUGCUCCCGGCUCUCCCAGAUACCAACUCCAGAUGCGGCCUGGCGACUCCACCCAUGGAUUUCUAGAGUUAUUUUCCAAUCCUUCUGCAUCACUAAGCUAUGAAGUGAGAGAUCUCCAACCGUACACAGAGUAUGUGUUUCGGUUGGUUGCCUCCAAUGGAUUUGGCAGUGCACAUAGUUCUUGGAUUCCAUUCAUGACCGCAGAGGACAAACCUGGACCUAUAGAUCCUCCGAUUAUUCUGGAUGUGAACUCAAGAAUGAUGUUGGUCACCUGGCAGCAUCCUUCAAAAUGCAAUGGGGUUAUUACCCAUUAUAACAUUUAUCAACAUGGCCACCUGUACUUAAGAACUUCUGGAAAUGUCACUAAUUGCACAGUGAUCCAUUUAAACCCAUAUACUGCCUAUAAGUUUCAGGUAGAAGCCUGCACUUCAAAAGGAUGCUCCCUCUCUCCAGAGUCCAAGACUGUAUGGACACUUCCAGGGGCACCAGAAGAUAUCCCAAGCCCAGAGUUGUUCUCUGAUACGCCAACAUCUGUGAUUAUAUCUUGGCAACCCCCCAUUCACCCCAAUGGCUUGGUGGAGAAUGUCACAAUUGAGAGAAGAGUCAAAGGAGAGGAGGAAAUUACUACCUUGGUGACUCUGCCAAGAAGUCAUUCCAUGAGGUUUAUUGAUAAGACUCCUGCUCUUAGCCCAUGGACAAAAUAUGAAUACCGUAUACUAAUGAGUACUCUUCAUGGAGGUACAAAUAGCAGUGCUUGGGGAGAAGUUACCACAAGACCCUCACGACCUGCUGGAGUACAGCCACCUGUGGUGAUGGUGCUGGGACCUGAGGCAGCCAAGGUCACUUGGAAACCCCCACUCAUCCAGAAUGGAGACAUGCUUAGCUAUGAGAUCCGCAUGCCUGACCCUCACAUCAUAAUAACCAAUGUGACAUCCUCAGUGUUAAGUCAAAUAGUUGCUCAUCUGAUUCCUUUCACUAAUUAUUCUGUCACCAUUGUUGCUUGCUCAGGGGGUAAUGGUUACCUUGGAGGGUGCACAGAGAGCUUACCUACCUAUGUUACCACCCACCCCAGCCUACCUCAAGAUGUUGGUCCACUGUCAGUGAUUCCACUAAGUGAGUCGUACGUUGGGAUUUCUUGGCAACCACCAUCCAAGCCAAAUGGACCCAAUUUGAGAUAUGAGCUUCUGAGACGUAAAAUCCAGCAACCACUUGCAUCAAAUCCCCCAGAAGAUUUAAAUCUGUGGCACAAUAUUUAUUCAGGAACUCAGUGGUUUUAUGAAGAUAAGGGUCUUAGCAGAUUUACAACUUAUGAGUAUAAGCUCUUUGUACACAACAGCGUGGGUUUUACGCCAAGCCAAGAAGCAACUGUGACGACAUUAGCUGGUCUUCCAGAGAGAGGAGCCAAUCUCACUGUGAGAGUUCUUAACCACACGGCCAUAGACGUGAGUUGGGCUAAACCAACUUUUCAAGACCUACAAGGUGAUGUGGAAUAUUAUACACUUUUUUGGAGUUCUGCUUCCUCAAAUGAAUCUCUAAAGAUCUUGCCAGAUGCAAAUGCUCAUGUCAUUGGCCACUUAAAUCCAAACACAGAGUAUCUGAUCUUUAUCUCUGUCUUCAAUGGAGCCCACAGCAUCAACAGUGCAGUACUGCAUGCAACCACUUGCGAUGGGGAGCCUCAGGGCAUGUUUCCUCCAGAGGUUGUCAUCAUCAACAGUACAGCUGUACGUGUCAUCUGGACAUCUCCUUCAAAUCCAAAUGGUGUUGUCACUGAGUAUUCUAUCUAUGUAAAUAAUAAGCUCUACAAGACUGGAAUGAAUGUGCCUGGGUCAUUUAUUCUGAGAGACCUGUCUCCCUUCACUAUCUAUGACAUUCAGGUUGAAGUCUGCACAAAAUUUGCCUGUGUGAAAAGUAAUGGAACCCAAAUCACCACUGUGGAAGAUACUCCCAGCGAUAUACCAACACCCAAAAUUCAUGACAUCACUUCACGAUCACUUCAAAUUGAUUGGGUGCCUCCCGGGAAGCCAAAUGGCAUUAUUCUUGGAUAUGAUCUCCUACGGAAAACAUGGUAUUCAUGCCCUAAAACUCAGAAAUUAAUGGAGGACCACAGUGGUGACCUCUGCAAGUCAGUAAGGUGUCAAACAUCUGAAAAUAUCUGUGGACACAUUUGCUAUUCUCCUGAAGCUAAAGUUUGUUGUAACGGAGUUCUCUAUGAUCUCCAGCCUGGAAAUCGCUGUUGUGAAGAAAAGUAUAUUCCAUUUGUUCUGAAUUCAACCGGAGUCUGUUGUGGUGGCCUUAUACAAGAGACACAGCCAAAUUUUCAAUGCUGCUCUGGGUAUUAUGCUAGAAUUCUACCAGGUGAAGUAUGCUGUCCAGAUGAACAGCACAAUCGGGUUUCCAUUGGCAUCGGAGACUCCUGCUGUGGCAGAAUGCCGUACUCCACUUCAGGAAACCAGAUUUGCUGUGCUGGGAGGCUUCAUGAUGGCCAUGGCCAGCAGUGCUGUGCCGGACAGAUUGUGAGCAAAGAUUUAGAGUGCUGUGGUGGAGAAGAAGGUGUGGUGUACAGCCGCCUUCCAGGGAUGUUCUGUUGUGGGCAGGAUUAUGUGAAUAUGUCAGAUACCAUAUGCUGCUCAGCUUCCAGUGGAGAGUCUAAGGCACAUGUUAAAAAGAAUGACCCAGUGCCAGUAAAAUGCUGUGAGACUGAACUUAUUCCAAAGAGCCAGAAAUGCUGUAAUGGAGUUGGAUAUAAUCCUUUGAAAUAUGUUUGCUCUGACAAGAUUUCAACAGGAAUGAUGAUGAAGGAAACCAAAGAGUGCAGGACCCUCUGCCCAGCAUCUACAGAAACCAUGGCACAUUGCAGCAGGUGUGACUUCAACUUUACCAGCCACGUUUGCAUUGUGAUAAGAGGGUCUCACAAUUCUACAGGAAAGACAUCAAUUGAAGAAAUAUGUUCAUCUGCUGAAGAAACUGUUCACACAGGGAGUGUAAACACGUUCUCCUUUACAGACAUGAACCUGGAGCCCUACAUGAUGUAUGAGUACAGGAUUUCUGCAUGGAACAGCUAUGGGCGAGGAUUCAGCAAAGCUGUUAGAGUCAGAACAAAAGAAGAUGUGCCGCAAGGAGUGGGUCCCCCUAGGUGGAACAAAAUGGACAAUCUUGAAGAUGCCAUUGUUUUAAACUGGAAAAAACCUAUACAACCAAAUGGUCCUAUUAUUUACUACAUUCUUCUUCGAAAUGGAAUUGAACGCUUUCGGGGAACAUCAUUGAGCUUCUCUGAUACAAAGGGAAUUCAACCAUUUCAGGAAUAUUCAUAUCAGCUGAAAGCUUGCACGGUUGCUGGCUGUGCCACCAGUAGCAAGGUAGUUGCAGCUACUACCCAAGGAGUUCCGGAGAGCAUCCUGCCACCAAGAAUCACAGCUCCGAGUGCAGAAGCUCUGCAUCUGAGCUGGAGUGUCCCUGAGAAACCAAAUGGCGUCAUUAAAGAGUACCAGAUCAGGCAGGUUGGGAAAGGUCUCAUCUACACUGACACCACUGACAGGAGGCAGCAUACGGUCACAGGUCUCCAGCCAUACACCAACUACAGCUUCACACUUGCAGUUUGUACAUCUGCUGGAUGCACUUCAAGUGAGCCUUUUCUAGGUCAGACGCUGCAGGCAGCCCCUCAAGGGGUUUGGGUGACACCUCGACACAUUAUCAUCAAUUCUACAACGGUGGAAUUAUAUUGGAGUCCGCCAGAAAAGCCCAAUGGCCUCAUUUCUCAAUAUCAAUUGAGUCGUAAUGGGACCUUGCUUUUCCUGGGUGGCAGUGAGGAGCAGAAUUUCACUGAUAAAAACCUGGAGCCCCACAGCAGAUACAUUUACAAGUUAGAAGCCAAAACUGGAGGUGGUAGCAGUACUAGUAAUGAUUAUGUUGUUCAAACACCAAUAUCGACACCAGAAGAAAUCCAUCCUCCAUAUAAUAUCACAGUAAUUGGACCUUAUUCCAUAUUUGUAGCUUGGGCAUCACCAGGGAUCCUCAUCCCCGAAAUUCCUGUGGAGUACAAUAUCUUACUCAAUGAUGGAAGUGCAACACCUCUGACCUUAUCUGUUGGUCAUCAUCAGUCCAUCCUUCUGGAAAAUUUGGCUCCAUUCACACAGUAUGAGAUAAGGAUACAAGCGUGUCAAAAUGGAGGUUGUGGAGUUAGCAGUAGGGUGUUUGUCAAAACAUCUGAAGCAGCCCCAAUGGAGCUUAAUGCUCCCAUUCUUAAGGCACUGGGGCCAGCUUGCAUAGAGAUUAAGUGGAUGCCACCUAAAAAACCAAAUGGAGUUAUCAUCAACUACUUUAUUCACAGACGUCCUGCUGGCUUUGAAGAGGAGUCUCUUUUGUUUGUCUGGUCAGAAGGAUCCCUUGAAUUUACUGAUGCUGCAAACAUUCUGAGGCCGUUUACAAUCUAUGAAUAUCGGGUCAGAGCCCAUAACUCCAGGGGCUCAGUGGAGAGUCUGUGGUCAUCAGUACGAACUCCGGAAGCCCCUCCUCAAGAUCUUCCAGCUCCUUGGGCUCAAGCCACUGGUGCUCAUUCAGUUCUGAUGAAUUGGACAAAGCCAGAAUCGCCCAAUGGCAUUAUCUCUCACUACCGUGUGGUCUACCAGAAGAGACCAGAUGAUCUGACAUUGAACAGUUCUAUUGUGCAUGCUUUCACAAUGACGGGAAUGAGCCAUCAAGCCCACCUGUUUGGGUUAGAACCGUACACAACAUAUCACAUUGGCAUUGUGGCCGCAAACCAUGCAGGAGAAGUUUCAAGUCCCUGGACUCUGAUUCAAACCUCAGAAUCUUCCCCAAGUGGAUUGAGCAACUUUACAGUAGAACAGAAAGAGAAUGGCCGGGCAUUGCUACUACAGUGGUCAGAGCCUGUGAGAACUAAUGGUGUGAUUAAGACAUACAACAUCUUCAGUGAUGGUAUCCUGGAAUACACUGGUUUGAAUCGUCAGUUUCUCUUCCGCCGCCUGGAUCCUUUCACUCUCUACACACUGACCCUGGAGGCCUGCACUAGGGCUGGCUGUGCUCACUCAGUGCCCCAGCUUCUGUGGACAGAUGAAGCCCCUCCGGACUCUCAGUUGGCUCCUACAAUCCAGUCUGUGGAGUCCACCAGCGUUGAGCUGAACUGGUCUGAGCCUGUUAACCCAAAUGGAAAAAUAAUUCGCUAUGAAGUGAUUCGCAGAUGCUUCCAGGGGAAAGCUUGGGGGAAUCAGACAAUCCGGGUCGAUGAGAAAAUUGUUUUCACAGAAUAUAAUACUGAAAGGAAUACAUUUAUGUAUAAUGACACAGGUUUGCAGCCAUGGAUGCAGUGUGAAUAUAAAAUCAACACUUGGAAUUCAGCCGGGCAUACCUGCAGCUCUUGGAAUGUUGUAAGGACGUUGCAGGCGCCUCCAGAAGAUCUCUCUCCACCUGAGGUAUCUUAUGUAUCAAUAAAUCCUCCAAAACUUCUGAUUUCCUGGAUCCCACCAGAACAACCUAAUGGUAUUAUCCAGACCUAUAGGCUUCAAAGGAAUGGAGUGCUCUAUCCUUUUGGCUUUGAUGCUGUGACUUUCAAUUACACCGAUGAAGAGCUGCUUCCUUUUUCCACCUAUAGCUAUGCAGUCCUAGCCUGCACGAGUGGAGGCUGCUCCACCAGCAAACCCACCAGUAUCACAACUCUGGAGGCUGCUCCAAUAGGAGUGAGCCCUCCAGAUCUUUGGGCCAUCAGUGCCACUCAAGUAAAUGUGUCUUGGUCACCACCAUCAAUUCAAAAUGGAAAAAUCACCAAAUACUUACUUAGAUAUAAUGGCAAAGAGUACCUUACUGGGCAAGGCCUGUCCCUGCUGGUUUCCCACCUACAGCCUUACACACAGUACAACUUCUCCCUCGUAGCCUGCACGAAUGGCGGUUGCACUGCGAGUGUGUCAAAAUCUGCCUGGACACUGGAGGCCCCACCCGAGAACAUGGACUCCCCAACAUUGCAAGUCACAGGCUCAGAAUCAAUAGAAGUCACCUGGAAACCACCAAGAAACCCAAAUGGUCGGAUCAGAAGUUAUGAACUUAGGAGGGAUGGAACCAUUGUAUAUACUGGGCUGGAAACUCGCUAUCAUGAUUUUACUCUCACCCCAGGUGUGGAGUACGGCUACACAGUAAUGGCCAACAAUGGCCAAGGGGGUAUUUUGAGUCCGCUUGUCAAAGAUCGAACCAGCCCCUCAGCACCCUCAGGGAUGGAACCUCCAAAAUUGCAGGCCAAAGGCCCUCAGGAGAUCUUAGUGAAUUGGGACCCUCCAGUAAGGACAAAUGGUGUUAUCAUCAACUAUACCCUCUUCAUCCGUGAAAUGUUUGAAAAAGAAACAAAAAUCAUACAUAUAAACACAACUCAUAAUUCUUUUGAUACACAGUCAUUCAUAGUAAACCAGCUGAAGCCAUUUCACAGGUAUGAAACACGACUUCAAGCCUGCACCAUCCUGGGAUGUGCAUCAAGUGACUGGACAUCCAUACAGACCCCUGAGAUUGCACCUCGGAUGCAACCUCCUCCUCAUCUAGAGGUACAGAUGGCUCUAGGGAGAUUUCAACCCUCUGUCUCCCUUCUGUGGACAGGACCACUUGAGCCAAAUGGAAAAGUUUUGUAUUAUGAAUUGUACAGAAGACAAAUAGCAACUCAGCACGGAAAAUCCAAUCCAGUGUUAAUUUAUAAUGGAAGUUCCAGUUCUUUUAUGGAUUCUGAACUAUUGCCUUUCACAGAGUAUGAGUAUCAGGUCUGGGCAGUGAAUUCUGCAGGAAAAGCCCCCAGUAACUGGACAUGGUGUAGAACCGGGCCUGCCCCUCCAGAAGGUCUCAGAGCCCCCAAGUUCCAUGCAAUCUCUUCUACCCAAGCAGUGGUCAACAUCAGUGCCCCUGGGAAGCCCAACGGGAUCGUCAGUCUCUACAGGCUGUUCUCCAGCAACACCAGCGGAGCUGAGACAGUGCUGUCUGAAGGCAUGGCCACCCAACAGACACUUCAUGGCUUGCAACCCUUCACUACCUACUCCAUUGGAGUAGAGGUCUGCACAUGCUUCAACUGUUGCAGCAAAGGCCCGGUGGCUGAGCUGAGAACUCAUCCUGCUCCACCUUCAGGACUGUCCUCUCCACAAAUCCAGGCGCUGGCCUCCAGGACAGCCUCUUUCCAAUGGAGUGUCCCUUUGUUCCCCAAUGGUGUCAUUCAAAGCUAUGAGCUCCAACUCUACAUGGCUUGCCCCCCCGAGUCAGCCCUACCCUGUACUUCCAGCCAAACAGAGACAAGGUACACGGGGCCAGGGCAGAGAGCCAGCAUUGAAGGUCUCCAGCCUUAUACCACCUACAAGCUGAGAGUGGUGGCACACAACGAGGUGGGCAGCACAGCUUCCGAGUGGAUCAGCUUCAUCACCCAAAAAGAAUUGCCUCAGUACCGAGCCCCAUUUUCGGUGGACAGCAACUUGUCUAUGGUGUGUGUUAACUGGAGUGGCUCUUUCCUCCUGAACGGCCCGCUGAAGGAGUACGUGUUAACCGAUGGGGGACUUCGCAUCUACAGUGGCUUUGACACCACCCUCUACAUACCGAGGACAGCGGAUAAAAUCUUCUUUUUCCAGGUCAUCUGCACUACAGAAGAAGGAAGUGUUAAGACACCAUUGAUCCAAUAUGAUACCUCUACUGGAUUUGGCCUGGUACUAACAACUCCUGGAGAAAAGAAGGGACCGGGGAGCAAAAGCACAGAGUUCUACAGUGAGCUGUGGUUCAUAGUGCUGAUGGCAAUGCUGGGCUUGAUCUUGUUGGCCAUUUUCCUGUCCCUGAUACUACAAAGAAAAAUCCACAAAGAACCGUAUAUCAGAGAGAGACCUCCCUUGGUACCCCUUCAGAAAAGGAUGUCUCCUUUGAGUGUCUAUCCACCGGGGGAAAACCAUAUGGGAUUAGCCGAUACCAAAAUUCCCCGGUCUGGGACACCUAUGAGUAUUCGGAGCAAUCGGAGCAUGUCUGUCCUGCGUAUCCCAAGCCAAAGCCAAGUCAGCCUAAACUACUCCCAGGGCUCUCUCCACCGCAGCGUCAGCCAGCUCAUGGACAUCCAGGACAAGAAAGCCUUGACGGACGACUCACUGUGGGAAACCAUCAUGGGUCACAACAGUGGGUUGUAUGUGGAUGAAGAGGACCUGAUGAAUGCCAUCAAGGGCUUCAGCUCAGUGACCAAGGAACACACCACAUUCACCGACACCCACCUGUAA